CUGAGCGAAAAGGAAAGAAACACAAUACACAAGGAUUUGGAUUCAAUGAAACGCAAUGGAUUUGAAGAUUUCAGUGAAUUCUAAGAGAGAAAGUCAAUUGAUGGUUAAACUAUUGGAAGGAAGUGGUUAUGCUAUUCAAAAUCUACGGCUGGAAUUUACUGCUUUCAAUUGGGUGUGGCGACCGCCUCACAUGGUUCACUUAUGUCUGGUGUCGUCUAAGCACGAAUAAGCUAAUACCACGAUCACGCCAGCCACUACGUCUUACAAUAGCAGAAGCCCUAGCAUUAUUGGAAGAGCCGAGCAACGGAGGCGAUGUUCACAUGGAUCUCCCUCACAAUAUAGAACUCUUUGAAGGCGAUAAAGAUGCUUCAGAUGAUGAGGCUGUAGGUUCCUCAGUUCGACUGAAAGGAGAGCUUCUGGAAACUGACACACAAGUUUCUUGUCAACAGGACAUUUGUCGAACUCCAUGUCCCGCCGUUGUAAGGUCGUAAUUGAAAAUAACGGCUAUGGAACUAGAUACUAAUAAAUUUUUGUUCGUUGGUCA